CGGCAGAGACGCGCCGACACCUCUCUCUCCCCCCGGCGCAGGUGGGCAGAAGAGGGGGCGCCGUGCAACCAGCGCCGCCACAGCCAAUUUCUCGGGGCGCUUUGCUCCCUUUACCCCCCUUCUUUGCCGAAGGGUUUUUCAAGGGGUUGGGGAAAGCCACAAACACAAAAGUGGAAAACAGUUAAUGACCAGCCACAGCUUCCCUGCUGUGAGCUGCAGCCGCUUCCUUCCCAGGCCCCUGGAGCCACACGCAGGCUGCCCUGGUGCUGGCUGAGGUAACAUGGCUUGCUGGCCUCAGCUGAGAUUGCUGCUGUGGAAGAACCUCACUUUCAGAAGAAGACAGACAUGUCAGCUGUUUCUGGAAGUGGCCUGGCCUCUAUUCAUCUUCCUGAUCCUGAUCUCCGUGCGGCUGAGCUACCCACCCUAUGAACAACAUGAAUGCCACUUUCCAAACAAAGCCAUGCCCUCUGCAGGAACUCUUCCUUGGGUUCAGGGGAUCAUCUGUAAUGCCAAUAACCCCUGUUUCCGUUAUCCAACUCCUGGUGAGGCUCCGGGAGUUGUUGGAAACUUUAACAAGUCCAUUGUAUCUCGCCUGUUCUCAGACGCUCGGCGGCUUCUCUUGUACAGCCACAGAGACACCAGCAUGAAGGACAUACGCAAAGUUUUGAAGACGUUAUACCAGAUCGAGCGUUCCAGCUCACGCUUGAAACUUCAGGACUUCCUGGUAGACAAUGAAACCUUCUCUGAAUUCCUGCAUCUCAACCUCUCUCUGCCAAGGCCAACUGUGGACAAGAUGCUGGGGGCUGAUGUCAGUCUCCGCAAGGUAUUUUUGCAAGGCUACCAGUUACAUUUGACCAAUCUCUGCAACGGAUCAAAAUUGGGAGAGGUGAUUCGACUUGGUGACCAAGAAGUUUCCAGGCUUUGCAGCCUGCCGAGGGAGAAAUUGAACGCAGCAGAGCAGGUGCUUCGUUCCAACCUGGAUAUCCUGAAGCCAAUCCUGACAAAACUAAACUCUACAUCCCUCUUCCCGAGUGAGGAGCUGGCUGAAGCCACAAAAGCUUUGCUGGAUAGUCUUGGGAAUCUGGCCCAAGAGCUGUUCAGCAUGAGGAGCUGGAGUGACAUGCGGCAGGAGGUGAUGUUUCUGACCAACGUGAACAACUCCGGCUCCUCCACCCAGAUCUACCAGGCUGUANCCCGCAUCAUCUGCGGCCAUCCCGAGGGCGGGGGCCUGAAGAUCAAGUCCCUGAACUGGUACGAGGACAACAACUACAAAGCCCUCUUCGGGGGCAACGGCACGGAAGACGACGCUGGCACCUUCUACGACAACUCUUCGUCUCCUUAUUGCAAUGAUUUGAUGAAGAAUCUGGAGUCCAGUCCUCUUUCCCGCAUCAUAUGGAAAGCUCUCAAGCCCCUGCUUGUUGGAAAGAUCCUGUAUACACCUGACACUCCAGUCACAAGGCAGCUUAUGACUGAGGUGAAUAAGACCUUCCAGGAACUGGCUGUGUUUCAUGAUCUAGAAGGCAUGUGGCAAGAGCUCAGCCCCAAGAUCUGGACCUUUAUGGAGAGCAGCUCAGAAAUGGACCUUGUCCGGACACUGUUGGACAGCAGAGCCAAUGAUGACUUUUGGGAACAGCAAUUGGAAGGCUUAGACUGGAAGGCCAAAGAUAUCAUGGCAUUUCUGGCCAAGUACCCAGAGGAUGUGCAGUCCCCCAAUGGCUCCGUGUACACCUGGAGAGAAGCCUUCAAUGAGACCAACCAGGCAAUCCAGACCAUCUCUCGUUUCAUGGAGGUGAGGAACUGUUCCAUGGACCAUUUAGAAAAGGCUUUGGCUUCUUUCUCUGAGAUGAUGCAGUACUGGGACCCUGGUCCUCGGGCUGACCCCUUUGAAGAUAUGCGGUAUGUCUGGGGAGGCUUCGCUUACUUGCAGGAUGUGGUGGAGCAGGCAAUCAUCAGGGUGCUGACGGGCACAGAGAGGAAAACUGGCGUGUACAUGCAGCAGAUGCCUUACCCCUGUUAUGUUGAUGACAUCUUCCUGCGGGUCAUGAGCCGGUCCAUGCCUCUCUUCAUGACGCUGGCCUGGAUCUACUCAGUGGCUGUGAUCAUCAAGGGCAUCGUGUACGAGAAGGAGGCGCGGCUGAAGGAGACCAUGCGCAUCAUGGGCCUGGACAACGGUAUCCUCUGGUUCAGCUGGUUCAUCAGCAGCCUCAUCCCUCUGCUUGUGAGCGCCGGCCUACUGGUGGUCAUCCUGAAAUUAGGAAACCUGCUGCCCUACAGCGACCCCAGUGUGGUGUUUGUCUUUCUGUGUGUGUUCGCCACGGUGACCAUCCUGCAGUGCUUCCUGAUUAGCACGCUCUUCUCCAGAGCCAACCUGGCGGCCGCCUGUGGAGGCAUCAUUUACUUCAUUCUGUACCUGCCGUAUGUCCUGUGUGUGGCGUGGCAAGACUACGUGGGCUUUACCCUCAAGAUCUUCAUGAGCCUGAUGUCUCCUGUGGCUUUUGGGUUCGGCUGUGAGUACUUCGCCCUUUUCGAGGAGCAGGGCAUUGGGGUACAGUGGGACAACCUCUUUGAGAGCCCCACAAAGGAGGAUGGCUUCAACCUCACCACCUCCGUCUCCAUGAUGUUGUUUGACACCUUCCUCUACGGGGUGAUGACGUGGUACAUCGAGGCUGUGUUUCCAGGCCAGUAUGGAAUCCCCAGGCCCUGGUAUUUUCCUUGUACUAAGUCCUACUGGUUCGGCGAGGAAAGUGAUGAGAAGAGCCACCCUGCUUCCAGCCAGAAGGGAGCAUCAGAAAUCUGCAUGGAGGAGGAACCCACCCAUCUGAAACUAGGUGUGUCCAUUCAGAACCUGAUGAAGGUUUACCGAGAUGGCAUGAAGGUGGCUGUUGAUGGCCUGGCCUUGAAUUUCUACGAGGGGCAGAUCACCUCCUUCUUGGGCCACAAUGGAGCUGGCAAGACCACCACCAUGUCCAUCCUGACUGGGUUGUUCCCUCCCACCUCGGGCACUGCCUAUAUCCUAGGGAAAGACAUCCGCUCCGAGAUGAGCACCAUCCGGCAGAACCUGGGGGUCUGUCCCCAGCAUAAUGUGCUGUUCGACAUGCUGACUGUCGAGGAGCACAUUUGGUUCUACGCCCGCCUGAAAGGGCUCUCCGAGAAGCACGUGAAAGCUGAGAUGGAGCAGAUGGCCUUGGAUGUUGGUUUGCCGCCAAGCAAACUGAAAAGCAAAACAAGUCAGCUGUCAGGUGGAAUGCAGAGAAAGCUGUCUGUGGCCUUGGCCUUUGUUGGGGGAUCCAAGGUUGUCAUUCUGGAUGAGCCCACAGCCGGUGUGGACCCUUACUCCCGCAGGGGGAUAUGGGAGCUGCUGCUGAAAUACCGACAAGGCCGCACCAUCAUCCUCUCCACGCACCACAUGGAUGAGGCAGACAUCCUGGGGGACAGGAUCGCCAUCAUUUCCCACGGGAAGCUCUGCUGCGUGGGCUCCUCCCUGUUCCUAAAGAACCAGCUGGGGACAGGCUACUACCUGACCCUGGUCAAGAAGGACGUGGAGUCUUCCCUCAGCUCAUGCAGAAAUAGCAGUAGCACUGUGUCAUACCUGAAAAAGGAGGACAGUGUUUCUCAGAGCAGUUCUGAUGCUGGCCUGGGCAGCGACCAUGAAAGUGACACGCUGACCAUCGAUGUCUCCGCGAUCUCCAACCUCAUCAGGAAGCAUGUGGCCGAGGCCCGGCUGGUGGAAGACAUCGGGCAUGAGCUGACUUAUGUGCUGCCCUAUGAGGCAGCCAGAGAGGGAGCCUUUGUGGAACUCUUCCACGAAAUUGACGACCGGCUCUCAGACCUAGGCAUCUCCAGUUACGGCAUCUCAGAGACUACUCUGGAAGAAAUAUUUCUCAAAGUGGCUGAAGAGAGUGGAGUGGAUGCCGAGACCUCAGAUGGCACCUUACCAGCAAGACGAAACAGACGAGUCUUUGGGGACAAGCAGAGCUGUCUUCGCCCUUUUACUGAAGACGAUGCUAUGGAUCCCAAUGAUUCCGAUAUAGAUCCAGAAUCCAGAGAAACAGACCUGCUCAGUGGGAUGGACGGUAAAGGUUCCUACCAGGUGAAGGGCUGGAAGCUCACACAACAGCAGUUUGUGGCCCUUUUGUGGAAGAGACUGCUGAUUGCCAGACGGAGUCGGAAGGGAUUCUUUGCUCAGAUUGUCCUGCCAGCUGUGUUUGUCUGCAUCGCCCUGGUGUUCAGCUUGAUUGUGCCGCCCUUUGGCAAGUACCCCAGCCUGGAACUUCAGCCCUGGAUGUACAAUGAACAGUACACGUUUGUCAGUAAUGAUGCACCUGAGGAUGUGAGCACCCAGGAACUCUUAAAUGCUCUCACCGGAACACCUGGCUUUGGGACUCGAUGUAUGGAAGGAAACCCGAUCCCAGAAAGGCCCUGCUUGGUGGGAGAGGAGAAGUGGACCACCGCCCCAGUCCCCCAGACCAUCACGAACCUCUUCCAAAAUGGAAACUGGACGAUGGAGAACCCCUCGCCCACCUGCCAGUGUAGCAGCGACAAAAUCAAGAAGAUGCUGCCUGUGUGCCCCCUGGGGGCAGGGGGGCUGCCUCCUCCUCAGAGAAAACAGAAUACUGCCGACAUCCUUCAGAACCUCACAGGAAGAAACAUUUCGGAUUAUCUGGUGAAGACAUACGUGCAGAUCAUAGCCAAAAGCUUAAAGAACAAGAUCUGGGUGAAUGAGUUUAGGUAUGGUGGAUUUUCCCUGGGUGCCAGUAAUUCUCAGUCACUUCCUCCGAGUGAAGAAGUUAAUGAUGCCAUCAAGCAAAUGAAGAAACACUUGAAGGUGGUCAAGGACAGUUCUGCAGACCGAUUUCUCAGCAGCUUGGGAAGGUUCAUGACAGGACUGGACACGAAAAAUAACGUCAAGGUGUGGUUCAACAACAAGGGCUGGCACGCCAUCAGCUCUUUCUUGAAUGUCAUCAACAAUGCCAUUCUCCGGGCCAAUCUGCAGAAGGGCGCAAACCCCAGCCAGUAUGGAAUUACUGCUUUCAAUCACCCACUGAACCUCACCAAGCAGCAGCUCUCAGAAGUGGCUCUGAUGACCACAUCAGUGGACGUCCUUGUGUCUAUCUGUGUCAUCUUUGCGAUGUCCUUCGUCCCGGCCAGCUUUGUCGUGUUCCUGAUCCAGGAGCGCGUCAGCAAAGCAAAGCACCUGCAGUUCAUCAGCGGAGUGAAGCCUGUCAUCUACUGGCUCUCCAAUUUUGUCUGGGACAUGUGCAACUACGUGGUUCCUGCCACGCUGGUCAUUAUCAUCUUCAUCUGCUUCCAGCAGAAGUCCUAUGUGUCCUCUACCAACCUGCCUGUGCUCGCUCUUCUGCUUUUGCUGUAUGGGUGGUCCAUCACGCCUCUCAUGUACCCAGCCUCCUUCGUGUUCAAGAUCCCCAGCACAGCCUACGUGGUCCUCACCAGCGUGAACCUCUUCAUCGGCAUCAAUGGCAGUGUGGCCACGUUUGUGCUGGAGCUCUUCACCAACAAUAAGCUGAAUAACAUCAAUGAUAUCCUGAAGUCAGUGUUCUUGAUCUUCCCACAUUUUUGCCUGGGACGGGGGCUCAUUGACAUGGUGAAAAACCAGGCGAUGGCUGAUGCCUUGGAAAGGUUUGGGGAGAAUCGCUUUGUCUCACCACUGUCUUGGGACUUAGUGGGACGAAAUCUCUUCGCCAUGGCUGUGGAAGGGGUGGUGUUCUUCCUCAUCACUGUGCUGAUCCAGUACCGAUUCUUCAUCAGGCCCAGACCUGUAAAGGCAAAGCUUCCUCCUCUGAAUGAUGAGGAUGAAGAUGUGAGGCGGGAAAGACAGAGAAUUCUUGAUGGUGGAGGACAGAAUGACAUCUUAGAAAUCAAAGAGUUGACUAAGGUAUACAGACGAAAGAGGAAACCUGCUGUUGACAGGAUUUGCGUUGGCAUUCCUCCCGGUGAGUGCUUUGGACUUCUGGGUGUUAAUGGAGCUGGGAAAUCAUCAACUUUUAAGAUGUUAACGGGAGAUACCACUGUUACCAAAGGAGAUGCUUUCCUUAACAAAAAUAGUAUCUUAUCAGACAUCCAUGAAGUGCAUCAGAACAUGGGCUAUUGCCCUCAGUUUGAUGCCAUCACAGAGCUGCUGACUGGAAGAGAACAUGUGGAAUUCUUUGCCCUUUUGAGAGGAGUCCCGGAGAAAGAAGUAGGCAAGGUUGGCGAGUGGGCGAUUCGGAAACUGGGCCUUGUGAAGUAUGGAGAAAAAUAUGCUGGGAACUACAGUGGAGGCAAUAAACGCAAGCUCUCAACAGCCAUGGCUUUGAUUGGUGGGCCUCCAGUGGUGUUUCUGGAUGAACCAACCACAGGCAUGGACCCCAAAGCCCGGCGCUUCCUGUGGAAUUGUGCCCUAAGUAUCAUCAAGGAAGGGAGAUCAGUAGUGCUCACCUCUCACAGUAUGGAAGAAUGUGAAGCUCUUUGCACUAGGAUGGCAAUUAUGGUCAAUGGGCGGUUCAGGUGUCUUGGCAGUGUUCAACAUCUGAAAAAUAGGUUUGGAGAUGGUUAUACAAUAGUUGUACGAAUAGCAGGGUCGAACCCAGACCUGAAGCCUGUACAGGAGUUCUUUGAACUCGCCUUUCCAGGAAGCGUCCUGAAGGAGAAGCACCGGAACAUGUUGCAGUACCAGCUUCCGUCUUCCCUGUCUUCCCUGGCCAGGAUUUUCAGCAUCCUUUCCCAGAGCAAAAAGCGACUCCACAUAGAAGACUACUCUGUCUCUCAGACAACACUUGACCAAGUAUUUGUAAACUUUGCCAAGGACCAAAGUGAUGAUGACCACUUAAAGGAUCUGUCAUUACACAAAAACCAGACAGUAGUGGAUGUUGCAGUCCUCACAUCUUUCCUGCAGGAUGAGAAAGUCAAAGAAAGUUAUGUAUGAAGAACCUUGUCCAUAUAGGGUGACUGGAAGAAAGGAGGAACUAGACCUUCCUUUGCACCAUGUGAAGUGUUCCAAAGGAAAGGGCUAGAAGAUUUUGUGGGAAGAAGUAAACUGGAUACUGUACUGAUACUAUUCAAUGCAAUGCAAUUCAAUGCAAUGAAAACAAAAUUCCAUUACAAGGGCAGUGCCUUUGUAGCCUAUGUCUCAUAUGGCUCUCAAGUGAAAAAGACUUGAAUUUAGUUUAUUACCUUAUACUCAUGUGAAACUCUAGUAUGGAACCCAGUGGACAUAUGAGUUUGACAUACUUUUUUUUGUUCCUUUGUAUUCUUACUGGGGUUGCAACAACAAUUCAUCAAGUAAUCAUGGCCAGUGAUUAUUUUUCAAAAUCAAAAGGCAUGCAUAUGCUCAUUCAUUACGCCGUGCCAUGCCAAGAGACUGGCUUCCCGGUGACAUAGCCGCUGCUGGCAAUGAGUGUGCCAGAAUUACUAGUGCCAAGUUUCUCAGAAAGCCUGAAGCACCAUGGUAUGCCUUGCACACUUGUGAAAGCUGUGCUACUCAGAGUCUGUUGACAUCAUCAAGUACCAGUUGAUGAAAUGGUGCCACAUGUGGGGAAAGUCCUGCUUUGAUUCCCUCUUUGAGCUGCUCUGGUGAUGGUGACAUGCAAACUACAUGGUGACAUACAAAAGCAAAACUUGGUUUCAUUGUUGUCCCUUGCUUGGAACCACGAGUCUCCAAGAUUAUCUUUCUGGGACUCUAAGUGUACUUAGAUCCGGGUAAGAAGCAAAGAAUCAGCAACCACACUGUUGGGGCUGCAAGCUGGGGAGGCCAUGGCAUGUGAUGAAAGAGAUGAUGGAUUUGGAAUCAAGGGAGGUCUGUGUCCAUUUGUCCUGCUUGUCUACUAACACGGUACAGUGCAUCUCAAGAUCUUGUUGUUUGACACAAACAUAGUAUUAUUUCUGGCUUUUUGAAUUAAUCUAGAAUAUGAAAAGAUGGAGUUGUAUUUUGAGAACAAUCUUUGUACUUUUAAUGUUAUUUGGAAUUGUAAGUUCUAUUAGUGACUUCUGAAAACUUAGAGUGGCCUCUUUGUAGAACCCUGUGGCACAGAGGAGUAUGGCCACACUGGCUCGCUAGCUUUAAUUUUUCACGUGUGUUUGCAAGUGGAUUAUCUGACUAAUGCCUAGUGACUUGAAAACAGUAUGAUGGCCAAGAUCUCAUGACAACAUUAUAUUUAAGUAUCUUUAAGAUCAUUAAGCAUACUUUUAGUAUCAGCGCAUUGGUCAAGUAUUCUUUGAGUGUAUGUUAUAACUGAGUGAGUAUGGAUGGAUGGCGUGGGGAGAAAUUAAGUUUCAGUAGAUUUCCUGUGCCAUGUUCAUCAGAUAACUGGUUUACAAAUACAGGUUUUGUUGUGGUUGUGGGAACCCACUGAAAGAAUAUUGGGCAGCCCACUUUUUAAAAAUAGCAACAAUGCAAAAGGCAAGAAAGUUUAUGUCAAAGGGUCACACGAUUAGCUUCAAAACUUGUUGAAUAACAUAAAACUUGUGCUUAUGGCAUUUAGUACCUUUGAAUAUUGGCUUUGAAAAUCUCAGAUACCCCAUUCUGACAAUCUCAAAUUUUUUAUCUCUUCAGUCACUAUCAUGGGAAAAAAACAGCAAAUGCCCCCACAUGAAAAUUAUUUCAGACUUUUCCAAGUCAGUUGAAUUGUUUUUAGUCAGUAAACACUUGUUAAAGAUAAUGUUAUCUGUCUUGAGACAACAAAAUUAUGAGAGAAAUACUGUUUGAAGUUAAAGUGAUCUUUUAGUAUCAUUAUUAAUGUCUUUUCCUUUUAAAAAAUUAGAUAUUAAUUCUAAAAGUACAAGAUUUCAGAUCUAUUCCAAAUAUACAUUUUUUCUUUUAAAAUUUACUGCAUGUUAUCAUGCAACUUGUUGCUUGGAGAAAGAAAAUGACCUUUAGAGAUUAUUGCCAAUAUUUUCUAAAAUGAUAAAUGAGUAAUAAUGACAAUUUCCCAAUAAUUAUUGGCCUAAACUCAUAUUUUAUGCUAUCUUCAAUGAUAUAAAAUUCAUGGAAUGAUGUUUCUCCUUGUUUAGUAUUUUCCAAAAUCAAGCUUCUGCUAGAUUCCCCAUUUCAGCAGAAUCAUGUCCUAAAUCUGUGUUGUAUUAAAACCAUGAGCAGCUCCUUAUUUUUGAUUAUUCUACUUCAAGGCCAUAUUUAAAAAAAUCAAAGGAUACUGUGAACUACGUUGAAAAAUGCAACAUUUCAGUAUAGAUUUAAAGGCUAUCUUAAGCUAGAAACAAUCUACAGCUACUCAUCUACUGCAUUAGUAUGGUUAUUAGAUAUCCAAAUUGCAGUCUUUAAAAUUUUUCUGGGUAAGCCUAAUUAUACUAGAGAUUCUUACCAACUCUCUUCUCAGUCAGGUAAAAUUUCUAUAUCAUCCCUGUGGAAAUGUAACCAUGUGAGUUUAACAAAAAAAAAAUUUUUUUUAAGUGUUCAGAGAUUUCUGCUUCUGCUUCUUUUGGAUACCUGAAGCCUUAUUAACUGUGAAUAUGAAAAAAUACAAAAGAAAACCAUAACAAAGCCCUCUAUACACAAAUACCCAGCAUAGGUCAUUGUUAAAAAACCAAUAACCAAACCUCAAACUACUGUAUUUCAAUACCUGUACUGAAGGCAUAUGCAUUGUGACUAUUAAAUGUUGCACAGCAUUCACUGUAUAGUAAUCAUUGACUAAAGGGAUCUGUUUUCUUCUUGUGGUUGUAUAUAUCAGGUAAAAUUUUUUUUCCAAAGAGCCAUGUGUCAUAUUAUAUUGAACCACUUUGACAUUGAGAUAUUAAUUUCUACUCUUGUUACCAUUUACUAGUAAUAUAGUAUUAUAGAAAUAUUGUUCUAAUCCUCUUCAGAAUUGUUGCAUCCCUUUUUAUAGAAUGUUUAUACUUCCGUACGUUUUAAGAAUUCUGUUCUCCCUUCUUAUACCCUAGGAUGAAACCAUGUUUUUGUGCUUUGUCUUUAUCAUUGACCCUUCAUUCCAAGCACUUUAUGCUGUCUGUAAUGGGAUCUAUUUUUGCACUGGAAUAUCUGAGAAUUGCAAAACUAGACAAAAGUUUCACAAUAGAUUUCUAAGUUAAAUCAUUUUCAUUAAAAGAAAAAAAAGAAAAAAAAUUUUUUGUAUUGUCAAUAACUUUAUAGAAAGUAUUAAAAAAGGCAUAUUUCUAUGUUGUUAUAAGUCACGAAAUAAACCUGUGAUGGUUCUGUU